AUGCUGUUCCUGGAGCCCGAGGUAGACUACUUUAGAAUGCAGCUGCACCAGCUUGCAUUACCGCACGACGUGUGCCAGCUGGGCUCAACCGAGAAGUCCUGCAGCCUUGGCGCGUCUGCAGCCGGGGAACCUGCCACUGUGGCGCCGGCAUCGGGCAAACAGGGCGAAGUGCCGGGAGGCUACGUCUCGGUGGAGGAGCAGGCCGAGGUGCUGCACCGCGCACUGCUGGCGGCGCUGCAUCAACGCUUCCCCUACGAACACCCUGACACGCUCGAGCAUGUCUACCUCCUCGCUGUCACCCACCUCUCCUCCCCGCUCCUUUCAGACACGGCAUUGAGCUGCGAGGAGCUCGCGACGCUGCAGGGGCCGCAGGGCUUUCUUCCACCGGAGCUGCGUUUCCGGACAUUUCCAUCGCACCUCAAUGCCUUGUUGUCGAAUGCGGCUUCCAGCGCUCUCGCUGCGCGCAAGGAAGACGUAGAAGGGCCGCAAGGGGAGGGAGAGAAGGGCGGAAAAAAAUUGGGAGAUCCUUUGACCAAUCGCCACUACAACGACACCUACUUUAUUCUGCUGCCGGAGCUUACGAGAGAGCAGCAGAAGUUAUAUCGUCGACGGCAAAGGGAUGUUAACAAGACGAGCUACAGACGUGCCGAGCUUGGUGGGCUUUCGCCGUCUGACAGCGCUGCAUCAGAGGCCUACGCAUCGGACCACGUAACGCCCUCACUUGAGGAAGAUUUUUUGCAGCUCGGUGAAAACAUGACGGGUUUUCGUGUCCUGGAUGGGACCAUGAUUCACAACGUGGCUGCGACGCAGACUACAGGCCCUGAUGCCGCGCUGCGAUCGCUGCAGUUUGCCGCAUUUAAGGUGCCACUUAGUCGCUUCACUCCUGACGAGCAACAGUACUACACGAAUAGGCGGGAGGAGGCACGCUUCUGCAGCGGCGCCUCCACCGCUUCGAGUAAGUCAACCUUCUUCGCUCCCUCCACCGAGAGUUACAUGGAUGACGCCAUGCGGAGAAUGUUGGCCUUUGAAAUGUCUGACAGGUACAGCAGGGAGGACGACGCUGCUACGGAAAAAUUCUUCUCGAGAUGUAAUAAGAUUCUGCGUUGCUACACGAUGCCGGCUGACGCAGCAUCUACAGCUGCAAAGGAGGAAAAUAAAGCGGAGAUCCACAGCUCUACCACGCUCAAUGUGCCAGAGACUAGGGCCUCGACCACUGGCCCCUCUCCUGCGCUGCCCCUCCGCCGUCUUGUGUACUCCUUUGCACCCUGCGACUGCUACCACCUCGUGACGGACGAAAACAAUCCGCUCUACUACGCCAAGUCCUGUCGCGCAGCGUACGACGCACGCACAGUGAGCAUCACGCUUGUGUCGGACCUGACAGCUGCGCCGUGGUCGUCUCCCACCAUCUCCGUUUCGAGUCACGCCAACACGGGACCGACGCACGAGGGAGCGGGAGGGACAAGUACCCGUGGUGACGUGGAAGGACUUGUCUGUUCCAAUCAGGCGUCACGCGCCGCGUCGCCUGACCCGAUUGCUGCCGGGAAGCAAUCUGCCGCUCAUCACGGCAGGGGUUCCUCGCCCCAGCCUACGAUCCCGCGGAAGGGAAACGGCUCCCGCGUGGCACGGCCAUCGCUGCGCCAGCUUUCCUCAAAGACCGACGGAUUCCUGACCCUCACUACGUCACUCUCCUGCAAUAAUGUCUCCGGAAACCCCAAGCACAAGAAGGAGAGCCUCUUAGAGAAAGGCCUCCUUCUCGGUGGGAAGGAAAAAGCGCAGGCCAAGGAAACUGAUGCCUCGAGUGGCGUGAGCAAUACCAGUGAGCCUGCGCCUCGAAAGAGUGACGUCGCCAACCUUUUUCGACUUCUUUCCAACUCCUCUGCUGCUCAGCAUCAACUUCGUCAUGGCGUUAUUCGACCCGUCGUCUCAAUGGCAGUGCUUGACAGGGCGAAGCGCCCAGUUGACGGCCUGGUAAAGGGUGAAAAGUCCGAUGAAGUGACGUGCCACGGGCUUCUUGACCACACGUGGUACUCGAUUCCAGUGCAACCACUUCCCUCGAUGCAGGACGACGUGCAGUGGAUGCCCAUCGUUUUCGGAAGCACAGAAUGUAUCAGCGACGUCGGAUAUCGCACCGCCAUGCAGGUUGGCUUCUUUCCAAAUAAAAGUAACGCCACGACGCGUAAUUUCUUCACCCAGCAAACGAAAAGCGGUGUGCUUCCCACACUACAGGAGGCUAGAUCUUCCCUCACUGCCGGCCAAGGGGAGAAAAGUGCGUUGGCUCCCCGGGAUCCUAAUGCACUGACAGCAGAGGAAAAAAUUAAAAAAUCCACUGAAACUGCCUCAUUACUGUCGGCAAAGAAUGUAAUGCCUUUUGCCAAUGAUGAGAAGCCGGCGAGCGUGACUGCCCGGCGCGGCGGUGUUGCCAUGACGUUUGCCAAUGAUGAGCAGCCUGCGAGCGUGACUGCCCGGCGCGGCGGUGUUGCCAUGGACGUUUGGCAAUGA